AAUCCAUGCCCCAACACCACUAGGUCUUGUACUUACUUAGCUAUCUAUUUUUUAUUCACGUCGCAGACCGCCUGGUCGUCUUCUUGCUCACAGCUACUUGGACUCUGAGAAACCAUCGGCUUCGUGAUCCCUCUCGUCUAACGACUUGUCAUCUCGUUAACCGACGUUGAGCAAUCUGCCCACUAUGCAAAUCAGCACUAUCCUCGCCGCCGCCGGUGUCCUCCUGGCCGGCACUGCGGCCGCGGCACCAAUUCCGGCGAAGCAAGCGGUCAACGCCGUGAUAGUAGUGGCGCAGUCGACCGACGUGGCCGCUCCUGACCCAGUCCACACGGUCCAUAUCUUUGACGCAGAGCCGAUUCCGUCACCACUUUCCUUGGAGGGAGUAGUGUUGAUUCAACCGGUGUACCACAAGACCACCACGGUGACAAGCACCCAGCAGCCCACCCCCUCUGCCACGGUGACGAGCACCCCGGAGCCUGCUCCCACCACCGGGACGCCGUCUCCUACCUCGACAACGUCUCCCUCCACAACGGUGACGAGCACCUCGCAGUCUGCUCCCACCACCUGGACGCCGACUUCCUCCACCACAUCGUCGGACGCCUCGGAGCCAACUCCCACCAGCACGACCAUAAGCAGCGGGACGCCGACUGUGACCAGCCCCUCGCAGUCAACUACCACCACCACGGUCAUAGACUCCUGGACGCUGACCUUCCCCUGGCCGGUUCCGAGUGUGACGGGCACCUGGACGCCGACUCUCACCUGGCCGACGCCGACCGUGACGGGCACCUCGGAGCCAACUCUCACCACCACGGUCACGAGCACCCUGAAGCCCACGACUACCGUCACGGUUACCGUCACCCCAACCACCUCACCGUCAUGGACCUCCCCGACUUCCUCUAUUCCUACCUCUUCCCCUACCUCUUCUCCCACCUCUUCUCCCACCUCUUCUCCCACCUCUUCUCCCACCUCUUCUCCCACCUCUUCUCUCACAUCAACGGAGACACAGCCCACGACGACUACUACUACCACAAAGUCCCAUCACAGCGAGACGUGGACGGUCCACGGAUACCCGUUCGGGGGAUGGCCUACUCACGGGGCUUCUAAACAUCCACAAUAGCUGGACAGUGUCAGGUUAGGAAUCCCGCUCAAGAUAGUCUGACGGACGCCAGUAUGUGCUGGAUAACUGCGUGCUUGGACCAGGGCAGGCGGAGGAACGAACCGGGUCUCUCUUACCUCGACUGUAUGCGACCGUGAUGGUGGGAGGACCAGGUCUGCCCUUGCUGUAUUUCGCCUCCUCGUUGAUGCAUCAGAUGCUACCUUCAUUACUUCUCCUCGGUUACCAUAGAUAGUUCCCUAUCGAUACAAACGUUACUGCUCACCUUGCUAGAGACAACUGCUAAGUUAAUUGACGUUAGAAGCCGUGGUGUUGCUAGCAUUCAUCAAGCCCAGACUGCGAACCUACCUUCCUUAGGGUAAGGAAGGCCCGAGUGAUUGGUCAGAACCGGUGCGGGGUGCUCAGGUGGUGGGGUAGUUGAGUCGGUAGUGUACGU